AGGAAUGAGAAGAUGAAGCGACUCUCCCAGCUCUAUUUGUCGCGGUCCGCUGGUGCCGCCACCGCUGCAGCCGCCUUUCCCCGCACUGCGCUGGCCUUCACCGGUGCACUCGCAACACAUUUCCAGGUGCGAUGUGCCGGAACGCAGCGUCGCGUGGUGCGUCCCACUGAAGAAGGCGUGGCGGACCUGAUGGACGACGACGAGGAGUUCUCACCCGGCCCACCCGCACACGCUGGCACGCCGCAAGAGUCCGCGGCGCUUUCUUCUCUGGUGGCAUCGGCCAGUCUCUACCGGCACGUUGCCUGUCAAGAGAACCCCACAGCCAAUGACGGUACGGGUCGGCUGCCGUCCCACGGCGCGUGUGGUGCGGCCGCUGCAGACGCAGAAAACGAAUCGACUCCUGUAAAGAGUGCAGAAGCCGCCAGGACAGAGUCGGUGGAGGAGACAGCAGCGGACGCGGUAGACGGCAAUGAAGAGGGCGACCGUGUCAGUGCAACGGAUGAUGGGGAGAAGCAAGCCUACAUCGCACAGCAGCAACGCAUUUACAACGAGAUGCCAGUGCAGCGCUUCACGGAGGUCGUGUGUGCCUACCUGCGGUCGACCGAAAACGUUGUACUUGUGUCCUCACAGGAAGAGCACACUCUCUUUCCGGUGUUAUUGGCGCGCCUGCAGGAGUUCCACAUCUCGCAGCUGCUCGACAUACUGGAGUGCCACUGGAGCCGCUCCACCAUGCUGCGCUACGGCACCACGUUUAAAGACGCGGUGCGCGAUCGAAUUGCGCAGCUCGCUACGGUGGCCGCCACAAAGCUGGAGGCGAAGAAGCGGCAGAGCACAUCGGUCUCGAGCGUGACCGAUGCCGAUGCAUCGAGCCGCUCGAGGGAUCCAUCAGCGGGUGAUGAUACGCUGCCAGAAGAGGACGAAGACGCGAUCUUUGUGAAGGAAGAGCAGCAGCUCACCGCACCGUCCACGCCGUCUGCGGACGUCAUCCUCGCUCACGCGGACGAGGAAAUCACCGCGGAGACCAUUUUCCGGGCUCUCAUCGUCACCGGCAUGAGCGCUGGCCGGCGCAAGCGUGACCUGGCCUUCUUUCAGCUCCUUGGCAACUACUUUACGUACUUCAUCAAUGACUACCGUGAUCCGCAUGAGCUGGUGCGGGUGCUAACGGCGCUGGCGCGGGCCAAAAUCGUUCCUUCGCCUGCGUUUCUGAACCUGCUGGCACGACGGCUGCCGGUGCUGCAGAAGCGUGUGCCGCUGGAGCCGGUACCGGCGUACCGCGCGUUGGCCAACUUCGCCCGCAUGGGCCACACCUCCAUGAACACCUUCCGCUUCUUAGCAGACAGCAUGCUGCGCCACAUGGAGAAGAACAUCCGCGAGGAGAAGAAAAUACUGCGGCAGCUACGGAAGUCAAAGGUCGAAGCGGCGGUGAAGGACACACACAGCGCGGAGGAGACGGCAGAAUCGAGUGCUGCGGCACCGCCUGAGGCGACGGUCACACCCGCCUCGACCACCGCAGCGAACACGGUGGCCAUCCUUGCACAGAUGAACAAGCUUCGCCCUGAAGUGGCGGCGAAGGAGCGGCUGCGGCGCAUUUGCGGUCUGAAGCCGUCCAGCCUGACCCGCCUCCUCCACAUUCUCGCACGCUGCAAGGCCCCGCAUCAGCAGUAUUUGCGUCCGCUGAUUUCGCCGGUCAUCCUGCCGAUGCUUCCCUACUUUCCCCCACCCAGCUUUACACGUCUGCUCACGGCAACGCAGCUCUUUCGUUCGAAUGACGCCGUCCUGAUAGAGGCGUACGUGACGCACGUGUGCGAUGUGCUCGCCCCUGCCGGGCAUCUGACGCGGUCGGAUGUGCUGGAGCUGCUGAAACUGCUGUCGCGCGAGGACACCCCCGUCCCUGCGGACUUGGAGCGUUUUCUGAAGAUCUGCCGCGACGCGCUGAAGAGCGCCACAUCCACCGUGUCCGCCCAAGAGAGCCAACAUGAAGGGAAAGUGAAGGCGGCAGAGAAGAAGGCUGCCGCUACUGGCACCGUGACCUUCGUGCUGCUUCCUCAGCACAUGUGUCGUGUCAUCCACUGCAUCGGUGCGUUUCAGCGGAGAGUGGAGAUCCCGCUGGAGACGCUCAGCCCGCUGGCCGAACUCGCCGAGGACUUCGCGCGUCGUCUCGCCUUUUUGACGGAGCUGAGCGUCAUCUCGCUGGUGCAGGUGGAUGAGUUUCUGGAGCUGUGCGUGCGACAUCAAAUCCCCGACGCCUCUGGCGCCAUCGAGCAACUCUCCACGCUGCGGCGUGACAUCGUGAAGCGUCCACGAGACGCGAAAGGCAGCGCCGCUGCGGAGGUGGGCGUGGGUGGAACGGCGGAGGACUACUUCUACGGCGACUUCGACGUGGAUGUGCGGGAAACCUUUCGGAAGAUCCUCGUGGCGAAUGACUUUAACACCUACGGUGGCUAUCGGCCACUGCCCGGUCCUAUGCAGGUGGACUUCCGCGAGGAGCUCACCAAGGUGUCCGCCUUUGAGCUGCUGCAGUCGGUGGAGUUGUUUCACAAAGCCUGCCCUGGUGCGCUGCGCCUCGCCCCGCGGUUGUUCCUGAGUCGGAGUCUGCUGGAGAAGGUGGGCAAAGAGGGUGAGGUGGUGGUCGAGGAGGAGACGAACCGACUGGUGGUCCGCCAGCCGCGGGCUGAGCUGCUGACGCGGGAGGACCUGCAGAUGUUUGUGGAGUUGGUGCAGCGGACACCGUUGGAGGCGGUGCGCAACGCGCCGACGACGUGGAUCUUCAUCAAGGAAAAGGCGGAGCGCCUCGCUGUGACGCCGAUCGUGGAGACGGCCACGCAGCGCCUGCGUGAGUUGCGGGCGUGA